CCCAACAAGUAGUGGAGAAGCUUAGUCGAUUGGCGUCCAACUCGCGAGUAGGCGAUUAGUACUGGUUUUGGACUCACUCGUGAUACAAACAACUCGACUUCGAGUGUCGACUCGAGACGACGGACUGACGUAGGUGGAAUUACCAGCACGACGUUCUCCAACAGAGUACUCUGUCCGAAGCGUAAACUGACGAGAACCAUCGGAGCGAAACGAAAGAAAAAUUCCUGACUCGCUCCGACCGAUGAAGGAGAGAAAAAGAGGAAAGAAGAAUAGUUAGCGCAAUUUCGAGAUUGAGUGGCAAAUAGAUACAUACUGAUACCACAAAUAAACAUGACGUCCAUCGGCUUCCUCGUCCUUUUACUCGCUCUAUCAACAAUCGAUGCACAAAGUCAAUGCUCAGAAGGAAGUGCCAAUUGUAUUAAUAUUCGCGAUUGUCCGGCUAUCGUAGAAAUUUUAAGAGGUCCAAGGCCGCUUUCGGCAGAGGUACUGCAAACCCUCAGAAACUCGCAAUGUGGCUACCAGGGCAACGACCCAAUGGUUUGCUGUCCAGGCCAGACAUCAACGACGCCAACGACGACGACGACAGAAGAAUCAAAUGUCGUUCCACCUCCACCAGAUGUGACAGAUCAUCCAAAUAUGCGUCUAUUGGAUCAUCAAAUAUGCGGAACUGCCAAUCAGCGGAGGGUGAUCAACGGCAACAAAACUGCAGUUUUCCAGUAUCCGUGGAUGGCGUUAAUCGCUUACGACACUGGAAAACCGAAUCCGGAAUUUCGCUGUGGUGGCACGAUUAUCACUAAACGCUAUAUCCUUACCGCCGCUCAUUGCGUCACGUUCCUUCCAUCUGGUCUUAGAUUGAUAGGUGCGAGGGUAGGAGAUCACGAUAUAAGCAAGGAACGUGACUGCGAUACAAAUGACGAAGGGCUCGAGUUGGAUUGCGCUGAGAGAUAUCAGGAUUUCGCCCUAGAGAGCUUCCAUGUCCAUCCGGAUUACUCAAGAUCGAAACUACAAAAUGAUAUCGCGCUUAUCAGGUUGAACGGUUCCAUAGACUUUAGGCCUCGAAAUGUCAGGCCCAUUUGUCUACCCUUCGGUACUGGAGCGACGUUAGUGCAUAGAAAGGCCGUGGUGACCGGCUGGGGUGCGACGGAGUUGGGUACACGCAGCUUCGACCUUCUGCAGGCGAAAUUACCGGUUGUGACCAACGAGCAAUGCAAAGAGGUGUACAAGAGAACCACGGAGAUCUGGUACAAGCAGAUAUGUGCCGGCGGCCGGGACAACGUGGAUUCUUGUUUGGGAGACAGUGGUGGACCUCUACAAGCACCCGGUUUAUACCGGGGGGUAACACGCACCAUUCAAUAUGGCGUGGUCAGUUAUGGACUGAAACACUGUGGUACCGAGGGCUAUCCCGGAGUCUACACCAGAGUCUCCUACUACGUGAACUGGAUCCUAGACACGUUAAGAGAUUAAAAUCGAAAUGCAAGUCUUUCAUAAUAUUUUUGACACAUUGUGUCCGCGGACGUAAUAAUUCAAAAAAUCGCGAGGAGAACGAGAACGUAAAUUUCUCGAGGCGUUUUUGAUAAAUAGGUGGAAUUGAUUAUAGAAUUGAUUUCGAAAGAUCGAUUGCGACAAAACAAGUGCGAUCGAAAAGAGUAACUUCGAUUGUUGUAGGUAGUUUAAUACAUUAAACGGUGAUUUAUGAGAGAACUCACUUUUUAGCGUGUAUUUAUAAUUAAUGAAAAUAAUUAUUGUUAUUAUUUUUAAAGAAUUUUUUAAAGU